CGAGCGCCAGUCGGUUUGUGCUGUGCUGCGUGCGGCCUGGCCGCUUGCUUAGCUGCUCCGCUGCCGGCGAAGCACGGUCGCACGAAACGGCAUCGGCGGCGCGAGAUAUGGACGGGUAGUAUCUGCUCUUCACGUGCGUUGCUUCUUCAGCGGACGCCCGUCGUCCAGCCCGAACGCGCGCGCAUUGUAUGCGCCGCUGCCGCUCCGUGGAAUGCGCCUCUUGUGUUGUGGGAACAGUGCGCGGUCGGUAAACGUGAACGUCGUGAGCUGGUCAUAUUGCUCGAGUUCCUGGACGGCCGCUGUGACCGACCAGCGACACAUUCUCGGCGAUUGUUUCCUCUGUUCGCAACCCCCCUUUCCCUCUUUUCCCAUCGCGUCACCGUGUUUGAGCUCAACAAAUAUUCGCUAAUCGUCUGACAGUGCCAGUUCCGGAAACCUGUGGCUCCCGGCGUGUGAACGCGCUUGUUUGAACCGAGUGAAUUACCGAUUUGCUGCUGGUGAUGUGAGUGGAAGUUGCUACAAAUUGUGCCUGUGGCAUUUGACGGUUGUGCUCCAGAGUAUGAUCGUCGUUUCUUUUUUGUGCUGAGAGGAAUAUACUUCUGACAUGCGCUCGCGCUACCACCCUGUGUGCCUGGGCCGCUGAUUUCACGUGAGGUGGUUUCGACGUCGUCUUGUAGCACGCCCGUUUGCUGGCUCCACGAUGAGUUACGAAGUGGAUGAUGAUUCGUCGUCGGAGUGCGACGCGCCGCCCGUGUACUUCGGCCACGAGCCGGAUGACUACGAUGAACAACCAAACUUUGUCGUCGUGUCUACCAUGCAAGACGAGAAUUUCGUGGUUGCCGCCCUCUUCUGCGCCGUCGAAGAAGGAAACUACGCCGGCCUGGAGGAACUCUUCUCGAUGUCCCACAUCAACCCCAAUCAAAGCAAUAAGCAUGGAGAAACAGCCGUCCACAUUGCUUCAGGCCUGGCGCAGUUGCAGAUACUCAAGCUGCUGCAUUCAAAGGGAGCCAACCUGAAGCUUGCAGACAGUCAUGGGGACAGUGCCAUGUACUGGGCAGCUCGGCAAGGCCACACGGACGUGAUCCAGUACCUUUGGGAGAAUGGAGUCUCGGUUGACUGCCAGAACAAGUCCGGUGAGACUGCCCUGCAUGUCGCCGCCCGCUAUGGUCACCACCCAGCAGUCAAACUUCUUUGCUCCUUUGGUGCCAAUAUUAACGUGGCUGAUGAGCAUGGAGACACGGCAUUGCAUAUUGCAGCAUGGCAUGGGUUCCCAACAAUUAUGCAUGUUCUGUGUGAAGCAGGGGCCCACACACACCUUCGGAACAAGGAAGGCGAAACUCCAAUCCACACAGCAUCAGCAAGAGGUCAUCUUGAAAGUGUUCGUUGCCUCCUAGAAGCUGGCGCUGACCCCGACCUUUUAGAUAAGCACGGUUGCACAGCCCUUCACUUGGCUUUGAGGAGGCACCAUGUCGCUGUAGCUCUUCUCCUCCUUCACAAUGGCUGCCAAACUGAUGUUGUUGACAAUCACGGAGAGACUGCAAUCCAUGUGGCUGCUCGUGAUGGCCUGCUGUCCGUAGCCCAGACACUGUGUGCCUUUGGAUGUAAAGUAGACGUGCCAAACAAGGCUGGGUUGUAUCCUCUACACCUGGCUGCAAAAAAUGGCCACACAGAGAUUGUGCGCUGUCUGUGCCUUGCUGGCUGCAAUGUCGAUCAAAAGAACCGGGAUGGAAUACCAGCAGAAAUCACUGCCCUUGCUCAAGGCCACAGUUCUAUAGGGGACCUGCUGAAUCGACUUAGGAAUGAGCAACUGAAGGAAGAGUACAUUGCUCAAAUGAUACCGGGGACUCAGCCACUCUCUCGAAUAAAACUCAAGGUGCUCGGCCACAGCGGUGUGGGGAAAACUACAAUGCUGGAGUCACUGAAGUGUGGAUACUUCAGUAGCUGGUUUCGGCGCUCCAAGACGUCUCCUACAUCACCAAAGCCAAAAUCAACGUCAGGGCCCCACAGCAGCCGAUCCAGCACGCCAGCAAUGGACGAGUACACCAUCGACACAGACAGUGAGAACAACAUUAGAACUGCUGACCUCAACGAUGCCAGUGAAAUGAAUGACUACAAGAAGGCGAUUACACCUCCUGCACUACUCAUCUCCAGCUGCACGGAUAUGAUGAGCAACUCGCAGCCAUUGUUUUCCGAGACUACAAAUGUCAACUACACACAUGGCAUUGAUGUGCAGCAGGUGACCGUGUCUGGUGUUGGUGACCUGAGCAUAUGGGAGUUCUCGGGACAUGAGCCAUACCUCAUGCUUUACGACCAUUUCGUAGGCAAUGCCCACUGCCUUCAUUUAGUUGUGUUCAGCCUUGCUGAGCCUGUGCACACCCAGAUCAGGCAGGUCUCCUUCUGGCUGGCUUACCUGCAAGCAAGGGCGCCACCUGUAGAACCCUUGGGAAUGGGAGGGAAAAGUGCCUCUCCCCUUAGAGUAGCACUGGUGGCCACCCAUGCAGACGUAUGUGCGAGCAACAUUAACAGGAACCAAAACUGUGAUGCGCUGCAACAACAGAACAAUGCUGAAGCCGACGCCAAGAUCAUCCUGGCAGCUGCACGGGAACGCUUCCAGCACGUUUUUGACCUGCACGAAACCGUGUUUGUCGUGGAUGCCCAUGUUGUUGGGUCCCAGAGUAUGAAGUCUCUCAAGCAGUACCUCUCCAACAAUAGAGCCAAAAUUGUGCAGAACCUUCCUAAGAGCACUGGCUUUCUGGAAUCAAUGGUGGGGCACCUUCCCAACUGGAGGAAAUCAUCACCCUCGUUUCCGGUGCUCACCUGGCGCCAGUUUAUGGAUAUGGUGCACAUACAAGUGAAUCCUCUGGCAGGGGAGGAACACAUGCGUGAGCUCAUCCACCAGCUCCAACUGAUGGGAGAGGUGCUGUAUACAAAAUCUGAAACGGAGGACACGGUGGUGCUCAAUCCUAAAUGGCUCUGCAGUUCUGUCAUUGGAGAGCUGCUGUCCCAGGAACACCUUGAGAAAGCACGUGUGACAGGUUGCUACACUGUGGAAGAUUUCCAGUUUGCCUUCCCAGACACAGAUGCUAUAGACCUCCUGCAGGUGCUGGAAAACCUCAAGAUGUGCACCAAGUGUGACAAUGAUGGCGAUGUGGAGUACGAAUUUCCAUGUUACAAUUUGGUUGAAACACUGGAAGGCCUGUGGGAUCCUUCAGAUCCACGUUACACCCAAGGCGUGUAUUGCGGAGUGCACGUCCUCCCAUUUGACGACUUUCCACACAUCCUGGCCAUAAUCUUUACGCGGAUACAGGUGCAGCUGCGACGUGCAUCUAUGGAACAUGCAGAUUCUGAUAGUGAUCUAUACCAAUGGCUGCGGGGCAGCAAGUUUUGCAGUGGGGCACUGGAGGGAAUGCUCACACUAGUUGAUAAUGACAGUGCUUUGGAAGUGAAAGUGCGCGGUCCACGUGGUUCAUCUUCAAGCUGCUUCUACUUCCUGGAGGACCUCCUGAUGGUCGUCGACGACGUGCUGGGCGAAGUGUGCCCGGGCGCGCAGUUCGAGCGCCACCUGCUGAGCGCCGCCGACCUGCGGCAUCACGCGCCGACCCCGGCGCGCUACCCGGCGCGCCUCGUCAUGCGCGCCAUGCUCAACGACGGCGGCCUGCACGCCCAGGUGCUGCAUCCGCAGACCGGCAUGCCCGAAUCGGCGUGCGACCUGCUCUGCUGCCGCGACGUGGCCUCGGUCGCGUCGCUCGUCUGCGGGCCGGACACGCACGCGUCGCAGCUGUCCCUACUCACGCGCCAGAGGCUGGGCGCCGCGCUUGACCCGCCGGAGAAGCUGGGACGGGACUGGUGCCUCCUGGCGGUGCAACUCGGCAUGACCGAGCGCCUGCCCGAGCUGGAUCCGGAGUCCAAGGAGUCCGGCGUGCUCGCGACCUCGGGCAAGAGCCCCAUCGCCAGAGUGCUCGGCGAGUGGACGCUGGUGAUGGACAGCACGAUCGGGCACCUCGCGCGCGCGCUCGACGAACUGGGCAGGGGCGACGCGGCGGACAUUGUGCUGGGGACGUCGCCGCUCGUCAAAGUGGCGGUCGCAUCGGCGCCGACGUCGCCCGCGUCGCCGCCGGCGGGCAGGCACGACGAUGCGAGGGUGGCGGCGGCGGUCUCCGCGGCGUCGAGCUCGAACAUUUCUCGCUAGUGCCUUGUUCUGUUUUCAGUGCUUUGUGCCUGUUUUCUUUUCUUUUCUGCCUUUUUUUUAUUGCGUGAAACACGUGAAAUGUUUCUCUGUACAUGUGCGCUUGGAGAAGAUAUGGCGGCGGCAGUUUCCGCGACGUCCAUUUUUGAACAUUUCUCGCUGGUGCUUAAUUUUUUUUUCCUUCGUACCCAAGGUGCGACGCGUUUUCUAAAUGCAAGUUUAUCUGUGUGGCAAAGCUGCCUUUGUUACGACUACAUUUUGUUUUACAUAUGCUGCAGCUGUACAAAAUGUUGCAAUUACUUUUCCAGAAAGAACAAAUCAAAAGCAAACACCUGUGAAGAGUGUUCUUGCGUAAAUGUAUGAAGUAGGUUGUCAUACCUUUACCAGGGACAUUGCAGCGUAAAGAACAAAACACCCAAAAUAGACUACCACUGUUUACGUGACCGACCCACUAUACAGUGCACCUGUAUGACUGCUAUAAUAAGGUGGCUAGGUAAUUCUCAAACGCUUUUAGAUGUUGCUUCACAUAACUGCUUUCUAUACUUGCUCAACAUCUGUGAAGGUAACUGAUCGCACAUUAUAAUAUCUAGUUAUGAUUGUGAUAACCUGUGACUGUACAUCAGACCUUUUUUUUUUCUGUUUUGUUACAUAAUCUUGUAGGCCUGUCAAUUUUGCUUUUACUGCUUCUAUAAACUGAAUAAAUGAUAUAUUGUUUAAGUCAGGGCAAUGUUAAUACUAGAAAAGUCUUGGCUUCUUGCAUUACUUGCUUUUUGUAGUCCGAAAUUGAUGCUUUUGAACUCAUUACUUGUAUGCAUUCUUAGUGCUACCUUUGUCAGUUUGACACACAGUACAGGUUGUUGUGGCUACUCCGAUGUUAUAAUGUGUGCACAUAUGUACAUAAAGCUGUUAUGUUAGGCAAAAAGCUAAUCUAAUGGCUUUAGUAUUGAUGAGCCAGCUAGAGAGGCUAACACAAGCCAACUAAAACAAAGUGUCUUGCUUAUGUAGCUAAAGCUCAGGCCAAAUAGGAUUCUCCUCGCCUGGCAUGUAACACACAUCCGGGUAGAUUUUAGUGUCGGCUAAAGUCUAGUAAGGUCUUGCACACAGGCAGUUUAUGUUGUUAGGAUGUGCUGUUGAAAGAUUUUUGCUUACUGUAAUGUGCUACUAUGAUUAUGUGAACACAAGAAGGCAUUGCUUUCCAAUGUUGACAGAAACAUAGAUGGUGGGCAUCAAAACAGAUUGCUCAAACUCGGACAUUACUGCUACUUAAUUUGUAUUGCUGAAAAUAUACAGUUCAUUCUAAAUGCAGCCUCAUAUUGUGGGCUGAUUACCAAGUUAUAACAUGGGUAGCACAUAACCUAUUAGUUUUGUUAGUUCUUUGGUCAGACCUAACCAGUGUGCAUGUUAUACACUAAAAAAGUUCUGCACCACUCUCCUUCUCCCCACCCCCCUUUACUAGAGCAGUUCGAACGAAAUCAUGCAAAUAUGUGUUUUGCCACGCACAUGAAUUUAUGGAUGAAUUUGUUGGUGUGCACAGCAUGGAAGUAUAUAGUAGUGAUCUGCAGUAUUGUUGGUAUGUGAAUUAUUUAAGCGUUGUCUGUGUUCUAGAGACCUUCACUUUGUUGGAAACACAGGUGUUGUGAGAGUUAGGAAAGUUUAAGUUUCUGUCAGGACAGUUCACUUCUCUUUCCCAUGCAAUGCACUGUGAUGUGUUCGUGGUACUGAUCCUCACGUCAGCAAUAUUUGCUUGUUAUUUGUGUGUUAUUCUUGCUGUUACAUAUUUCAGUUCUUGAAGAAUUUAGACAGAAACUAGUGAUAAUGAUUGUGGAACCAUGGUGGGGUCAUCGUGGAAAUAGCCUGAUCAGUUAUAGCACGGCCAGUACCAUGUCUUAACAUUAAAGACUAAUAGUUGUGACCACAGUUGUUAGCAAAGCAAGGAAUUAACGUUGAUUCGGUAACUGCUGAUCUAACACCUUGAGUUAGGUAAGCUCGGGCGUUGCAAUUCUGAGUCAGCUUUAUAGGAAUGCGUGUGGGUGUUCUUGCUGCGGGCUACCUAGAUUCUCUAUGACACAGCGUAAUGCUUUCAUGCUGUCUAGCAUUUAUCACUUACUACUGCAGUACAGUGUCUGACAAGUGCCAAGUAGGUAAGCCUCUUUUUUAUGAUGAAGACGUACUGGAAGCAUGUGGUGUUCCCAACCAUUUAUGCAUUCAUAUAUCUAGAAUUUUUAACAUCUUUGAUAGUAACUAUUUUUACGCGCAUCCGCAGUAUGUGCUUGCUUGUAGCGAAGGAUGACGUGCUGCUUUCGAUGGGAAACGAUGGUUCAUUCGCUUUGGCCAUGCAAUGGUCACUGUUUUUGGUUGUGUAAAGCAAGUGAUUACCAUGAAGGUUAUAUCCAGAUUGCAGUGGUUAAUGAAGUAAGCAUUGAUCCAGGCGUGAGGGGGUCGGUUGUUAUUCUGCCAAAAGGAACAGUGCAAUCACUUUUGAGUAGAACUGCUGUGUGUUUAGCUUGACGCCACUCGUGCAUCGUUGAUCUUUGUUGCUGCUUUUUCUAAUAGUGACAAUAAACUUGCCAUUCAAGGACACA